AUCACGGUAGUGCUUCCGUCUUCGUUAACGUCGUCCGUCCGUUUGCCGCCACCACAGCCGCCGAUUGACGUAUAGCCGUAAUUUCAAAAAAUCUUGCAUAGGUCCAAGUCACGCUUAUUUUUUGUCUGCAACGAUCACAGACGAUCGUUGCCGAUUACAUAUUAUACAGUAAUUUCAUAUUCAGGACAGCCGCGAGAACACAUUAAGCAGUAGUAUCGCGACAUCACCUGUCGUGAUAUUAUAAUAUUGGAAUUUUGUUGUUGUCGUCGUCGAACGCUUUGAGGGACGACAAUGAAACUUCAGGCACGUUCGUCGGGUGGCAGCACACCGUCGCCGCAAGGUCCACUAAUGUCGCCGACGGCUGGCACCAGCGUCCGGUGGUCGCACCGGAACAGCGCGUUCUGUCCGGUGCGGUCGGCCGCCGCGGCCGCGGACACGCCCGCCGCCGAGAUGCCGUAUCCCGCGGUGGCCACGCCCGGCCACAUGAUGCCAUACGGAUUUCUCAACGUGCCCAUGUCGCCGUACCUGUGGCCGCUCAUGAUGCCGUACUCGCCGCUGUCCGCACCAGGUCAAGCGUUCUGCACCGCCAACACCGGCACCACCGAAUACCAGCGUCAGCUCCAGCUGCAGAUCCAUCACAUGCACCGGCAGCAACACGAACGGUUCCGGCAACUGCAGUUCUCGCCCGACAGGGCCAGCGUGGACGCGGCCGGCCAAACGCCCGAAAUGGCCAGGCUCGAUGAAGUUUCUGAAACGCCGUUGAACUUGUGUAUCAAAAAGCGAAGUCAAGAAAUUUGGUCGCCCGGAAGUUUGUGCGAGAAGGAAACGUCACCCGUAUCCGUUGCCCCGGAAACUUUAACAGACAAUGUUUUGGGAGUAGAGAGAUCUUUUCAGUGCCAGUUGUGCUACAAGACGUUCAAGCGUUCUUCCACGCUAUCGACGCAUCUACUUAUUCACUCUGACACGAGACCAUAUCCGUGUCAGUUUUGCGGUAAACGGUUCCACCAGAAGUCAGAUAUGAAGAAACACACAUAUAUACACACUGGUGAGAAACCGCACAAGUGCGUGGUGUGUCACAAGGCGUUCAGCCAGUCGUCCAACCUGAUCACGCACCUGCGCAAACACUCGGGCUACAGGCCGUUCCCGUGCGGGCUGUGCGACAGGGCGUUCCAGCGGAAGGUGGACCUGCGCAGGCACCGGGAGAGCGUGCACCCCGGGUCACCGGCCGCCCAACAGUACCACAUCACCAGCACCACGGCCGCGGUGGCCGAGCACCCGACCGCCGUCAGCAUCGCCGCCGCGCUGCAGGCCCCGUCCACUGCCGCCGUAUCCGCUUCCGCCGCGGCCGCAGCUACAGCCUCGGCCAUUGACGCCGCCGCGGCCGGAAGUGGCGGCACGGUCAGCUAGUGGACGCGCCGCGGAAAUGACGCGUCGACCGGCACACGUUCUCGUUUUGGCGGUGCCCAAGUCCACUGCCGCACUAGUCUGCACCGCGGCAGGCCUGGACACCGAUGACGAAACGAGAGGACGAACUCUUGGCGCGCUCCUUUUCGUCGGAUGUUCGACACGUCCGCGCAAGCGAAGACGGUGACCACCGCCGUAUAGCGACUCGUCAAAGACUAAAAUAUAUAUAUUUUUGAAAAAACUAUUCUAUAUAUACAAGUACGCGCUGCUACCGCCUCCGUGCCAACGAGACCAAAGUGAAUAUCCAAACAUCACUGCUCGGGGAGGUGCCACAAGGUUUUCAGAAUUUUGUCGAAUUAUCUUCAUACCAUCUACCCGUGUGACUGACAGUACACCGCGAAUUUUUUGGCCACGAACAUAUGCAGGCAAUAUUGAAGAAACUAACGAUUAGCAUUUAAACCGCAACACGUGAUGACGACUACGACGGUCGUAUAAUAAGCAUAAUAUAAUAUAACACGUCAUUAUAUGAAUUACGACCGGUCGCCGCCGAUCAGGGUGGUCUGUGCCGGGCUAUUUCUUUUACGCGAGUUUUGCAAAAAUAAAACUUAAAAAAAAUAAAAUAAUGUCCGUUCGCCCCGGGAGGCCUGCAGCGCCGGUCUCUGGGGACGCAUCUCGAACUUGCGCGAACAUAUGUGUUUCAUCCCUCCACCCACGAAUCUGUGGGUUAUACAUCAUAUUAGAAAUGCGUGCAACACAUACGAUUAUAUUAUGUCAUGUUCGUCGAGGAACUUGUUAGGCAAAAACCGAAAAUCGCGUGUACCUACCUACUGCAACUGGGAAUGAGAACGGCACACGUGGUCGCUCUACUGCCGCCGUGGUGUUUGUAUUCAAUGUAUUCGACAAGUCGUGAUUUAUAGUGUUAUCGACCGGCCGAAAAGAACUAAGCGUGAACACAUUAUUAUUUAUAGUCAACAGAGUCAACAGACCAUUAUUAUUAUUAUUAUUGUACAUAUAAUUAUUAUUUUAACGUCGAGUCAUAUUAUGUAUAUCAUAAAUGUAGUUCAUUACAGUCGUAACCCGCAGCAGUUCGCACACAUACGGCGGGCCUCGAACCACAUGGAUUCCAGCCAUGUACCUGCCGUACACCGUAGCGGACAUGCGCGCAUCUCUAGUCCGUCCACACGUUUACCAUUCGAUUCUACUAGUGUGCAGAAUCGUGUAAUAUAUAAUAUUAUGACGUUAUAGCCCUCUAUGUUAAGUAUUUCUAUUACCAAAUUAUUUAGGCGCGUUCGAAACACGCCGCACAGUCGGCGACCGAUGGACGCAGCUUGAUCAUUAUUAAUAAUAUUUAAUAAUAUUAUAUAUAUAUACUACGCAUUCACCCCAUUCGAAAUAUGUUUGAAAAAAAUUAUUGCCUAUAGUUUUUAUUAUCACUUUUGUGUGUACAUAUAAAUAUUUUUAUUAUAAUUUCAAUUGCAUUCAGCGUAUUGUUGGCCAUUGUAUCGAUUACGAUAGUUAUAUUAUGCCACGGGCUUUCGCAGCGUUAUACGCGACGUAGCCGCACGCGUGUACAGUGGACGCGACAACAGCACGACGAAUUUAAAAAAAAGAAACCGUUUUACUUUUUACCGAUGCCCGUUUUUGUCCGAAACAAUUAUUUAUACAUCCCAGUGAAGAAGAAAAAAAUAAACACCGGCGCACUCACAACGGUAAUAAAAAUAUACCCGGCACACAUUUCACAGUUUCGGUCAUUUUUUACAUAUAUUUUCUUUUAUUUACACCUGUCUUCGCUGCAGUGUAGGACACGUGCGCAUUAUUAAUUACCUUCCCGGCGCCGCCAGAUAGUAGUAAACGGCGCUGAUAUUAUUUUUACCGUUAUAUACUUAUUAUUACUUUAACGUAAAGCGAGCUCAAUGCAAAUUGACGAACAAUCCGUAAUAUUCGCAUUUGUCAUAAAUCAUCACUAUCACAAUCAUAAUCAUCCUAUACUUGUUCCAUAUCAUUUCCGAAUAAACCGAAAAUAGUCCGUCGGCGAACUAUUUAUACGACAUUUUCUAUGGUCCUACAUCAUUUCGGUGACUUUUUUUUCAUCAUUAUUAUUAUUGAUAAUAUUAUUGAGAUCGCUUCACUUCGUGUUAACCAUAUUAUAUACAUCAUACUCAAUAUUAUUGUACACGCGUCGACUUAUCGUUGUGAUUAUUAUUAUGUUAUAUAAUGCAUUUUCAUUUUGUGCUAGCUUUAAGAAAGUGAUAAUUAAAACGAAAAAUCAACAAUAUUAAAUAAUACGAUAUUUUACACUGUUGUCGUUCGUAAACAUAUUUUAUUAUAUUUGACUAAUUAAUUAUUAUUAUUAUUAUUGAUAUUGAUAUAAUUAUAUUCGUACCGCUCCGUUGUCCGUAUACACCAGUGAUUUGUAAAUUGUAAUCACGAUACGCGACGGUCGGUAAUUUUAUUAAACUCUAUGUAAGACAUUAUUUUGUUCCUUUUACUCUAAUUUUUUUUUUUUUUUAUAUUAAUAUGUUUUGUUUUAUUCUUUGUUUUUCUUUCUUUUUUUUUUGAAUCAAAUCAUUGUAUUGCGUUCCAAAAACGGUACGUUAAUCGGAUAUGACAGUUUUUAAUUGUACGCCUACGUUUUUAUUUUGUGCAAAUUAACUUUUCAUAAUAUUAUUUAGUAUGUAUUAAUUUUUAAAUGUGUAUAAACACCAUGAUAAACGAAAAUUAUGUCAUCACAUUUUUUGGCCCUGCAUGUUGUCAAAAAUCACGCACAGCUCUUUAUAAAACCACAGAUUAAAUAUGCCAUAUAGAUAUGCAACGCCAACGUCAUCAUUUAUCGAUCGUUAUUUUUAUUUUGAAUUCGACUCACUAUAGCGGCGGCACAUUGUGUCAUGAGAUGGGAAAUAAAAGUGUCUACUCGUCUCCUGACACCACGGCGAGUACUCUUGAGCCGAAUACUAAUUUAAGUAACGACCGAUCAAUGAUUGCAUGUAGGCAAUAUGAGUUCCAUACAUCUAUAUAGUGUUAUUUAAUUUAUGAUAAAACUAAUGAUAAAAAUCACACUAAUUGUAUACCUAUUAUUUUAUUAUAACCAACGAUAAACAAUGAUUUUGUAAUGUACUUUUUUAUACGACGAUAUUAUAUACAUAUAAAAUAAAUA